ACCAGCAGUUUUCAUGGUCACCUUCACAGCACUUCAAUGAAGACAUAUAUGCUCCUUCAUCAAGGACCAUGAAAGGAUUAACUAGUAGCCGUACUCAUCCCCAGCUCAGCUCAGCACACACUUGUGGCCUGAUGACUGAUGACUGUGAGCAUUCUCAUGACCAUAUGCACCAUGGCUUGGAUUCUAGGCAGUCGUACUUGCUCAGCCCAACUGACAGCUGCCAAAUGGACCAUCACCGUUGUUCACCUAGAAGUUCUAUACAUUCUGAAUGUACAAUCCCCAUGAUGGUAGGGGAGCACAUGUCAAGCAGUACUUUCCCAAGAAUGCACUACACCUCACAUUAUGAUUCCAGGGAUGACUGCACCAGUGUCUCGCACACUGGCAGCAAAAUUAACCGCAUUCCAGCUAAUCUGCUGGACCAGUUCGAAAAACAAUUGCCUCUGCACCGUGAUGGCUUUCAUACACUGCAGUAUCAACGAACGUCCACUGCCACUGAGCAACGAAGUGAAAGUCCUGGCAGAAUACGACACCUUGUGCAUUCUGUCCAAAAACUUUUCACUAAAUCUCACUCUUUGGAAGGGGCUUCGAAAGGAAAUCUAAAUGGCACUAAAGGUGAAGGUCGGCAUUCAGACGAUCACCACCAUUCCCACCAUCCCAAACAUGGCAAGAGGAGUAAAAGCAAAGAACGAAAGCCAGAGCCCAAACAUAAGUCUUCAAUGUCUGCUUGGUGGAGCUCAGAUGACAACUUGGACAGUGAUAGCACUUACCGUACGGCGAGUGCGAUGAGCAGGCACCACUUUGACCAUAUUUCACAGUACUAUCCGGAAAAUCUUCAGGGAGCCUUCAGUGAUCUCACUCUGAAGACUUCAAAAAGCAACAACGAUGUUAAAUGCUCUGCUUGUGAAGGAUUACCCAUGACACCUGAGGGGAAAUAUAUGAAAAGAAGCUCCUGGUCCACGCUCACUGUAAGCCAAGCCAAGGAAGCUUAUCGGAAGUCAUCACUUAAUUUGGAGAAACCUCUUGUCCAUCAGGAAAUAAAAUCAUCUCUGAGGCCAUGUCAUUACCUACAA